UCUCUCCUUUCUCUCUCUCUGCACGAACUAUCUCUGUCUCUCUCGCCAUCUCUGUAGCUUUCUGUGUGUUGCUCGCUCACUUUAUCUCUCUGUGCUGGGGCGCGGUGGCCGCACGGAGAGUUUCAUUUUUUGGUCUGUGAUUUGAUGUUUGUUACCGAAGUGGUUCUCCAAUGAGUUUUCCAUGAGGAGAAGAUCUGGCCUUGGGCUUUUCGUCUAUGGUUGUUGCAUUUGGAUUGUUUGCACAGUUUAAACCUUAUUGAGUGAUAGUUGGUGGAAAGUUUUAUUCAUUUACCUGUGUAUAUGAGUGAGCAUGGGAUCUGCUUGUUGUGUUGCUGCCAGAGACAAAGCUAUACCAAACAGAUUGAGCAGUGAAACUGUGCAUAGAAAUGUUCGAUACUCACCAUCAUGGAGUUUUCGAUGGGAUAACCGUGGACGAGUAGCAGGCGAAGUUGAAACUUCUGUGAGUUGGCUUUCUGAUGGAGUUAGCAGGAGUUAUGGUUCAGAUAUUAAAUCUGGGACUCAUGAGGAUUCUACAUAUGCAUCGGAAGUGGAGACUCUAUCAGGAAGUUUGCAAACACCUACAUGGCAGAAGUCUCCAGUUUCUGAACGAGCUGCUGAGAAAUUGAGUUGUCCUACUUCAGAUCAGUCUAUCUCAAGGAACAUCUCCUUGGAGGUUAAAGAAUCUACAGAAUGUCCAGCUGCUUCAGAUUUGCCUCCCAUAAAACAAUCUAAUUCUGUACCUUCUAGCUCAUCUUUGUCAUCAUCCAUGUUGUCGUCCCAAACUUACCUACUUCCUGCUGGUUCAACCCCAUCAAAGUGGCCCCAUCGCUCUCCAGGACAUCAACUGUCACGGCAUGUGUCUGAUAAUCGAAUCCGAGGAUUAAAAUCACCAAGCAGCUACACAGUUUCCGAAGAAAGACCGUCCUUUGUACCCCCCACAUGGAGCAAUGAAUCAACUAGGGGCUCACAUGGUGGGUCUUCAGAUGGUUGGUCCAUGCACGCCUUUUCAGAGCUCAUGGUCACUUCUCAAAAAGAAAGGUGGUCUUUCGAUAGUGAGUCCUUGGGUGACAAGAUAACCAGAUCAAGUAGCCGAAUUUCAACGUCUCCAUCUCUGGAUCUGCAGACAUGUGGGGUCUGCUCAAAACUCUUAACUGAGAAAUCUUCUUGGAGUAGCCAGAAAAUUUUUGCCAACAAUGAGCUAUCUGUGGUUGCAGUUCUCAUUUGUGGGCAUGUUUACCAUGCUGAAUGCUUAGAGAAUAUGACUCCUGAAAUCAACAAGUAUGACCCAGCUUGCCCCGUUUGUACUUUAGGUGAGAAACAGACCCUAAAGUUGUCUGAGAAAGCAUUGAAAACAGAAAUGGAUUUUAAGGCUAAAGCCAGCAAAAGGUCAAGGAAUCGGGUUGUGGACAGCAAUUUUGAUGGUGAUUCUGUUGUGUUUGAUAAUCGAAAAAGUAAUGGACUUGAACGGAAAGGUCCCAAGAUGGGCUCUAGUUCUAGCAUGAAGAGUUCCUUGGGGAAACCUUUCUUGAGGCGUCACUUCUCCUUUGGGUCAAAGGGAACUAGAUCAUUUUCAGAAAAUCAGUCUACAAGAAAAAAAGGAUUUUUCUGGACAAGAUCCAGCAAGGAAUGAUCUCCUUCCAUUUGGCUCUUAAGACUCUUAAAGAGGUAAGCACCCAUCUCUGUUCCAUGACGCUUGCAGUUAAAUUUCUCUGGAAAUUUUAUUUUUUUCCUUGGCUUGGCACUAGUAGUAAAUUGUGUAUAUUUCCGCUUUAAUGCACCUCAGCACUAGAUUUUUUAAUUUUAUAAACCAUAAUUUUAAAUUCUUGGGACUGUUUCGAGACUGAGUGUCUACCUUUAUUUGGAUUCUAGGGUUUAUUUCUCCAAUUUCAGUCCAACACAGUGGUGGAGGAAACAAGGCCUUGCUUAUGAGGGUACUGUUUACGGACAAGUGUCCUCUUUGAAAUGUCAUCUAGGAAUGGUUUAGCUUGUGAAGUUACACUGUAAAGAAAGGGGAAAAAGAAACACAUUGGAAGAAAUAAUUCAACACAGAGAAAAGAAAAGAAUAAAGAAAAGAAUUUAGUAGAAUGAAAAUGCCUCAUGAGGCUAUUCUUGUUUUUCACUUUUCUAGAACUAUAUUUGUCGCUUGCAUGGAUGCGUAGAUGGAUUGAUUCAAAAGAAAUUUUAUUGGCUGAAGAACCCUGCGAUGCCGAAGGGGGCAGUGUCAUCCUAAUAGGCCUAAGCAGCAGCUUUCUCACUGACUGCACUACAGUGGUUAAAUUGAAUGAUCUUUUUAGUCAGUUGCAGGUAGGAGCACAACUUACCUGUAUUUAUAGGAAUUUGCAUGCUUCCAUGUGGAUUGGUAGCCAAUGCUAUUUUAUAAAUUUUCUGAAAGGCUUGAUAAAUGGUUCUUGAUUGGUAUGCAUAUUUUUAUGGAAUUAUUGAUUACACUGUAUUAUUGGUACAUGGCUUUUGAUAAUGCAACAUGUGGGACAUGAAACUCUUGCUGUAAAUUUACAGUUGUGCAAACAUUUUAAGUUGAUUUUUUAGUGCCAAUGUAUUUCAUGAUGAAAA